AUGGAUAGCGGACGUGUUAUUUUUGUUUUUGCAUUAAUUCUACAAUACUUUAGUUGUACAGUGUCGUUUGUUUGGACAGGUGAAAUAAAUCUACCGCAAGGCAAAGUAAGAGGCAAAGUCGAUUGGCAGAACGGUUAUAAUGCUUAUUUGGGAAUACCCUAUGCAUCAGUUACCAAGCGGUUUCAGGAAGCUAAUCCUGCACCGAAAUGGAGUGGGACCAUGUUCGCUACCAAUGGCUCUAUCAAUUGCAACCAAUAUUCAGAAUUAUUAAAAACACCUGUAGGUCAAGAAGAUUGUCUCGUUGCUAACGUGUUCACCCCAAUUAGACAAAACAAUGAUUUAUUGCCUGUAAUGGUUUUUGUCCAUGGCGGAGGAUUUGAUUUUGGCAGCAACUCUAACCUUCUAUUCAAUCCUAAGUAUUUCAUACAAAAAGACGUAAUUGUAGUGACAAUUAAUUAUCGAGUGGGUGCUUUUGGUUUCCUAUGCUUAUAUGGCACAGAAGCUACUGGCAACAUCGGUCUGAAAGACCAACUAGCUGCAUUACAGUGGAUUAAAGACAAUAUCCAAGCUUUCGGUGGAAAUCCUAACACGAUGACAGUAUUUGGUGAAAGUGCAGGAGCGACGGCAAUCCAUUAUAUGAUUACUACUGGAAAACACGAAGGACUGUUUGAUAAAGCCAUCCUGCAAAGUGGUACGGUUUUGAUGCCAAAUAAAAUAGACCCCAACCCAGUAAAGACUGCAUCAAUGGUUGCAUCUAAAAUGGGAUUUAACUCAGAAGAUCCAAAAGAACUGCUUGAAAUAUUCCAAAAUGCCUCAACUGAUGAAAUUAUCAAAGCAUCGCGGGUAGAUGCAAAAAAUCAACCCUUGAAAUUAUAUCUAUUUAGGCCUUGUGUAGAAAGCCCAGUGAUUGAAAAUAAAUCGUUCAUAACAGCCUACCCUAAACAAUUAGUAGAUUCACCAAUAUGCGAUACUAAUUUAGAUAUUAUAUUGGGAUAUAAUAAUAAGGAAGGAAUAAAGCAAGCAGGACAAUACGAUUCUAACGGUCUAAAGAAUUUAAAUUCAACACUAUCUGACAUAAUACCUGAAAACAUACUAUUCACAAACGAGUCAGAAAAAGAAGCUCUUACUGAAGAGAUACGAAAGUUCUACUUCAAGAAAGGCAUCGAUCACGAUUCAUUAAUAGACUAUUUUUCUGAUACUGUAAUAAUGUACCCAUCAUUUGCUUCAGGAAACUCUUUACUUUCCUCUAAUAUUAGAUUGUAUAAUUAUUUCUUUAAGUACGAUUCGUUUAGAAAUUUAUAUAAAUCAGUCUCUGGACUACCACAAAAGCCUGGAGCUACUCACGCAGAUGAGCUGUUUUAUAUGUUUGAUCCUUUGGUUUUCAAUUUAGUACCAUUACCAGCAGUAUCGCCUACGCCUGAGGACCUUAAAAUGAUCAAUACAAUCACAACACUUUGGACUAAUUUUGCAAAAAGAAGGAGACCAUCCUCUUGCACUACAGCCGAUUGGAACCGAAGUAAAAAAGGCGAUCUACAGUUUUUGCAACUGGAUAGUGAAGUCAAAAUGAUACCACUACCUAACCCAGAGAGACUUUUAUUUUGGGAUAGAGUUUACAAGCGUUAUUCAUCAUUGUAAUAGGUGUCUAGGUAUAUACCUACAUGCAUAGUAGAUAACUGUGCUAACUUCUAAUCCACUCUGCCCCCCUUGCCAAGUGGCACGUCAAUUCCCUUUCUACGAUCGCUUUCGCUUCGAAAACUAGAAAAAUGUAUGGGAAUGACAGAUCUUAAUCACGUGACCUGUCGAUAGCAAAUGUCAUUCCCAUACAUCUUUCUACGAUCGCAAACGCUUCGAAAACUAGAAAAAUGUAGGUAUGUGAAGAAAUGACAGAUCUUGAUCACGUGACCAUAGAUUUAGCAAAUGUCUUUCCCAUACAUAUUGCAACACGUCGAAUUCAGUAGCUGUUAUUCUCCCGUUGGUGUAUGUUAUUGUAUACAGUACUGGUACCCAUACACUUGGUGUUGAGAAUGGAUUCAAAUUUUGGCGUAUAAUAAAAUACCAAGCAGAUGUAUAAAUAAAAUUAUCGCAAUACAAUAAAUCACCACGUUGACUUUUUAUUUAAAC